ACUGAAAACGGUAACAACUUGUGUUUUAUAGCUAUCUUCUUCCUCCAUGUGCUGAUGUUUUCAUCCGGCAGGGUGAUUACCCCGCGGAAGCUCUUUCAUAGGUCUGCGGUGUUCCGUGCGACUUGUCAGAGCAGACAGUGUGUGACAAUGUCCAACAUAGAAACUGGUAAAAAAGCCGCAGCGUUUGCUGCAGUUGACGAAAAUAUAAAGAAUAACCAGAAGGUUGGCAUUGGAAGUGGUUCCACUGUGGUCUAUGCCGUGCAGAGACUUGCUCAACGAAUUAAAGAAGAAAACUUGAACAUUAUAUGCAUACCAACUUCAUUUCAGGCAAACCAGCUUAUCCAGGAGCACCGUUUGAAUCUCGGGACGCUAGAAACUUGUCCAAUAUUGGAUGUGGCCAUUGAUGGUGCAGAUGAAACUGAUAAAGAUCUGACAUGCAUUAAAGGGGGUGGAGCUUGCUUAACUCAGGAAAAAAUAGUGGCUUCAUGUGCAAAGCAGCUUGUUAUCAUUGCGGAUGACAGAAAAGAUUCUCAAGAGUUGGGCACCAAUUACAAGAAAGGAAUACCAAUUGAAGUCAUUCCUAUGGCAUAUAAACCAGUGCAGAUGAAAAUCCAGGAUAUGUUUGGUGGUGAAGUGAUUCUCAGAAUGGCCCAGCAAAAAGCUGGUCCAGUAGUAACAGACAAUGGUAACUUUGUGUUGGACUGGAAGUUCACAAAGCCAUGUGACAGUUGGGAUAAAUGUAACACCUGCAUUAAGAUGAUCCCAGGUGUGGUUGAAACAGGCUUGUUCAUCAAUAUGGCAAAGGUGGCUUAUUUUGGAACAGCAGAUGGAAAAGUCAACAAGAGAUUAUUUAACAAGCUCCAAUUAUAAACAAACUUUCACUAAAAUGUACAGUGCUAGCUUUCAUCUUAGUACAAGUUAGUAGAACUAUAGUGCCAUACCAGAAGAAUUUAGUGAAUAUGACAAGUGCUGGAAACAAAAAAUGGGUGAUAGAAGACUCAUUGGGCAUUUGCUUGCUGUGUGACUUGUUCACGGGACUUUAUCCGUCUUUUGAUUCAGAAGUAUAAAGUAAUGUCCUUGUAUUGUGUCAUUCAUGCGGUAAUAUUUAAAUAGUGCCUGUUUGGGAGGGUAACUGUUGAAAUUGAUACCCCGAGAAAACCAUUGUCAACCGACGCGAAGCGGAGGUUGACAAUGGUUUUCGAGGGGUGUCAAUUUCAACUGUUACCCUCCCAAACAGGCACUAUUUAUUUUGUUAUACUGAAUAUCUUAAUUUUAAAGAAAACUUUGCUGCUUUUAUAUAGGAAUAACGUGAAUUCUACAGCGAACUGUACAUGCAUAAUUUUCGCACAUGUAACAAUUUGUAAUGUUACCCGUUGCUAUCGCUGAGGGAAAUAGAACGGAUUAUGAACUGCGUCUUAACCAUUCAGAUUUCAGUAUUUAACAUGAAAGUAUAACAAAAGCACAUAGUACAGACACCGCUGAUCAAGCAUAUCCUGGUUGUCAUUUUAUUUACUGUAUUCGUGUAAAGAAAACCUAAUGAUCUUCAUCCUUCAAUAUACUACAUUUAUGUAUUGGGUAUUUGUGUCAAGCUCUCUCUAAAAACAGUCCUAUGAUUCUGAAAUGUCUUAUUUGUUUAUCAAAAUUUCUAUGUAUUUCUUAGACAUGUAUUUGUAUAUAGGGUGAUUUAACCAUGCAUCGGACACAUACCUUGGAUCGGACAACUUUGUUUAUAAAUAUACAAAUAAAUGUGCAUGCGCUCAUGUGUUGUUUCGUAUAUUCCUGAAUUAGAACAAAUGAACUUUAUCAUUAUUAAGAAUUUGACAGUCACAUUGUCAAAGAAAUAGCAAUAUAGACAUCGUAAAAUGACAUCAAAUACGCCAUUAUUGAAAAUUUAGUUACGAAGAUUUUACACUAAAGCAUUAUUUGAAUGUUGUGCGUUUGAUUGUGAAUUAGUGAAAAUGCACUCUCUGCCUAAAAUAAUUAGAAAGAAGUAAGUUUUGAAACAAAAUUUGAUUAAAAUAAGUCCAAGAAAUUUAAACAAUUAAUGUCAAGGUCAUUAUUGCACCAUAUGUUCAUUUCACCAUGGAUCGGACAAAAGUUAACCAUGCAUCGGACAGUUUUCACUGCAUGAUUUUUUCUAAUAAUAUGGAUAUUAUGUGCCCAUUCCUUGUGAUAUACUUUAAAUGUGAAGUAAAAUAUAAAUUUAAAAAAUAAUUGAUACAAACAUUUUCCUCAAACCACUUAAAAAUCGAGUUUUACGGACAAACCCUUUUUAGUCCAAAGUUCCUGUAGGAGCUGGCACGAUAAAGAACCCCUUAUGAUAAAUAUUCCUUUAAACAGAAGCACUAGUCUAAAUUCCUAUAUGUAGAUUCAAGGACUUACAUUAAAAGAAAUAUGAAUUGCAAUUGAAUAAAUUAAUAUUUCCGAACCUUUGUAUUUUUGCAUUAAAACCAGAAAAUGUUGUUAUUUUUAAUCUCUACUGUACUGCUAUAGCUGUCCGAUGCUUGGUAAAUAUUGUCCGAUCCAUGGUGAAAUUGUUCAACGCUUCAUUAAAUUGCUUUAUUUUCUACAUUUUUAACAAUUUCACAAUUUUUUCUUCAAUAAUUAAGCAAGGGGAAAACCUGGAACUUUUAAAACAAGUUUUAUUUAUAUUUGGACGAUAUUUGAUGCGUGAACAAAGGGAAAAAUCCAAAGGUGUCCGAUGCAUGGUGAAAUCACCCUAUGUUGAAAUAAAAUAUUUUCAAUUUGUUCAA